UUCGAUUUACUAGUGACAGUUCAAUAACAACCUUUAGCUGUUGCGCUUGUGUGUUAGCAUAAAGCGGCUGCGCUUUUGCAGCAUGUAGAAAAGACAGCGUGGAAAGUUAGCGCGCGAGUGAUGACGUGUUAGAACCAAAACGCUUUUAAGAAAUCCAUCACAAUCUUUUUUUUGCUUAUCAACACGGUUAAGUACACGGUGUCCACCUGAUAAGAAGUGCUCGACCGAUAAGCAGGUGCAGUGUGCGCCUUAUUAUAUCAUGUUUAUCGCUGUUAAGUGUGAAUUGUAAAGCGGCAAACAGCGUGAUAAUGUGCUAAUGUCAUGCUUACCUCCACCAUCGCAACGUCAAUAGUACGAACGUUUUCUUAAGGCAUAACAUAAGUCAAUAAUGAAGUAUAAAUGAAUGAUCUCGAAGAGUACAGUUUCUCUUACAUGGUACAGGGUGGACAAAUGUGUGAAAGAGAUUUUGUGACUUGUGGGGUGUUUGGUGCUAGCGCCAUACCUGCAGGAGAAGAGAGAAGGAAUAAAACGAUUUUAGUAUACAGGCAUGAGUAAUAAAGUCGUGUGCGAAUAUUAAUGGGAGCAAGUAAACUAAGCUUUAAUAUAUAUCUGCAGCAGUCUGAAGAUUGUUCCUUAGAUACGACCCGGAACGCUACCGCCAGCGCAACGUUGUUAAGGUAACUCUUACAACCGGAAGACUAUGGAGGCCUUAAUGGGAGGCCAGUGCGCCGCACAGAGCGUCGGACCGGCGAAUCAGCUGUUUGGGCUGCUGGUGCAAACAAUCCUGGCGGCACAGUGUGCGAUUUCCCCACCGGAUAUGUGGCCGAAGGACUACGGCCCGACAGCACUGCAGCGCGGAUUGGAUGAGUACGAUUUCGUGAUCGUCGGUGCCGGUUCCGCCGGGUCGGUUGUUGCCAAUCGACUGUCCGAAAACCCGGACUGGAAGGUUCUGCUGCUAGAAGCGGGCGGUGAUCCACCGAUCGAGUCUGAGAUACCCUUUAUGCAAAUUCAUUUAGCGAAAUCAAGCGUAGAUUGGGUUUACUAUGCCGAUUCGAGGGAUAAACUCAACCCGCACAAUCGCACUGCUUGUCGAGCGUCAACCUCGCCGGCCGGUUGCUUUUGGCCACGUGGCAAAAUGCUCGGCGGUUCAGGAGCGAUGAACGCCAUGGUGUACAUUCGUGGUAAUGCACGCGACUACGAUGCGUGGGAGUUCGAGGGCAAUUCUGGCUGGGGAUGGCGGGACGUUUUGCCGUACUUUCGCAAAUCGGAAAACAAUCACGACGCGGCAGUCGUCGGCGAUGGUACGUAUCACGGAACGGGAGGAUAUUUGUCCGUUAGUAGUGCCUCAGGUCAUUCCGGCCACAUGGAACAUCUGAUAGCAGCGGUACAGGAAAGCGGAUACGACUACUUGGAAGAUUUCAAUGGCGAAAAUCAUAUCGGUUUCUGUCGGGUGCAGCUUAACACGAUCGAAGGUGCUCGGUGCAGUCCGGCGAAGGCAUUCCUUGCACCUAUCAAGGACCGUCGAAACUUGCAUGUUAUUAAACGAGCACUUGCAACGAAGCUUGAGGUUGAUGCGCAUCAGCGGGUAUCGUCAGUGCGGUUUGUAAUUGACGAGCAUAACGAUUCUUCAAACGACCAGACGCGUGUGCUGGAGGUUAAGGUGCGCAAGGAGACGAUCGUUUCGGCUGGUGCAGUAAACACGCCGCAGUUGCUCAUGCUCUCGGGAAUUGGGCAGGAAGAGGAUCUGCGCGAGCACGGCAUUAGAAUCGUAUCCGACCUACCCGUUGGACGCAAUCUUCAGGACCAUGUGAUGGUGCCACUGUUUUAUUGCAUCAAUCGUUCGUCAGCCACCGAUUUUGAUCUGAACCGGAAUGUAAUAGGACAUAUGUACGAUUAUCUGAUGCAUCGGAAUGGUCCACUAAGCGAGAUUGGUAUCAACGCUUUCACGGGAUUUGUAAACACGGUCAAUCAUUCGGAUCCCUUUCCGAACAUACAGUACCAUCAUAUGUAUUCUCGUAAGCGGUCGAAUAUAGCUGGUCGGUGGCUGAGAAUGAUGGAGCUGGACGGACCUUUCAGCAGCAGCGUGGCGGAUGCUAACAAUGAAGCGGAUGUGCUAGGUGCAUUCGUAAUUUUGUUAAAGCCAAAGUCAUGGGGUCGAAUAAGGUUGCAAUCAGGGCAGAUUGAACAGAAACCUAAAAUUGAUGCCGGUUACCUCACACACCGACAGGAUAUCGAAACACUAAUCGAAGGUAUCCGCAUACAUCAAGACAUCAUGGCAACGGAUGCCGCUAAACCGAUGGAACCCGAGCCGGUACGGAUCGAGCUGCCAAGUUGUCAGGACGAACUGUACGAUUCCAACGCGUACUGGGAGUGUUACAUUCGAGAACUUACCCUGACACUUUACCAUCCAGUGGGGACAGCAAAGAUGGGCCAUUCUAAUGAUCCGGACGCGGUAGUCGAUCCAAGACUGCGCGUCAAAGGCGUGGCGGGGCUACGAGUGGUCGACGCUAGCAUCAUGCCUGACAUUGUGAGCGGUAACACGAAUGCGGCAGUUAUCAUGAUUGGCGAAAAAGCGUCCGACAUGAUAAAGCAGGAUCAUGGAUGGAAUGAGGAAGAAAAGCAUCGCAAUUGAGAAAUGAUACUUUGAAGAAGGAAACACGAGAAUGUGUCAAAAAAGGCCUAUUACUGUA